CAGCUUUCCCCCACGUUCUCCAAAGUAACUAUUUAAAGAUCUGCAGCCGCAAAUGGUUUUACUAAAUGUAGGAUGGGACUUAAGUUGAACGGCAGUUAUAUUUCUCUGAUCCUUGCUGUACAGAUAGCGUACCUGGUGCAGGCGGUGAGAGCGGCGGGGCGGUGCGAUGCGGUCUUUAGGGGCUUCUCGGAUUGUUUGCUGCGGCUGGGCGAUAACAUGGCCAACUACCCGCAGGACCUGGACGACAAGAGAAAUCUCCAAACGAUCUGCGCGUACUGGGAUGAUUUCCACGCCUGCACCCUCACAGCGCUCACCGAUUGCCAGGAAGGAGCGACAGACCUCUGGGAGAAAUUGAGACGGGAAUCCAAAAACCUCGAUUUCCAAGGCAGCUUAUUCGAACUGUGCGGAGGCGGCAGCGGUGCGGCACCGUCCCUCCUCCCGCCCGCCUUGCCCCUGCUCCUGGCGGCUCUGUGGGCCGCCCUAGUGACCUGGCUGCCUUUCUAGGGGGGCGAGCACACUCACACCCACACCCUCUCCAUGUGCUGGAUCUAUAGAGGAAGUGUCCAUCCGUUGCUUUGGGGACGUUGUGCUUUUCUGUGGUUGAUGAUGAUGAUGGUGGUGGCUGAUGAUGGUGAAACACCCAUGUAGGACUGUGGAAGCGUUUUCCCUUUUUCUUUUUCUUCCUUUUUUUUUCUUAUUUUCUUUUUUUUUUUUUUUUUGUGUUCAUUUGCCAAAUCUUACCAAGCAGGCAGCGGCUCGCAGCCCAAAUCGGACCUCAGCUUUACUAUUGCUUCGAAUCAAAAAUAGAAAAAAAUAUAAAGAAACAAACUCGAGCCCUCGUUGUGCAAACGCAAUCUCAGGAACGGCUCUGGGCCACCUACUGCUAAGGCUGUAACCGGCCGGGUACCUCCCGGCGAGCCACGGGCUCCGCUAAAAAUGUGGCAGUGUGCGAGGCGAGAACAAAAACCGCAGACAGGAAAAGGCACUGGCGAGAAAUCCAAGGUAGAUGUCCACGUGUGAAGCAU